GAAGCAUUGCAAAAUGAUGUAUACGAAAUUUUAAAAUUUACAAUAACACAACAUUUCAAUAUUUUCAGGCACCUUGAAAAUUUUAUAAACAAGCAUAAAAUAGCAAUGGUUUUAUCAAGUACUUCUGUAAUAAUUGCGAUAGGAAGUUCAUCUUAUUUUAUUUAUGCUAAAAUUCAUCCGGAUAUCAAUAUUUCAAUGAUCAUUUAUAUGGGAACAUCUGUUAUUUUUGCUCUGAUUUUCCUAAACUACAGUCAACUAUUAAUAAAUGAUUGCGAUGAUUUCUACAUGGCACUUUGCGAAUGUCCAUGGAUUUACUGGAAUAAAAAAAAUCGACAAAUAUACCAUUUGAUGUUAGUUUUAUUAAAGAAGCCUAUGUACCUCUCGGUGACCGGCCAAGUUUUCAAUCGUGUUUAUUUGAUAACACUUCUUAGGUUUGGCUAUAGUAUGUUUGCAUUUGCACGAGGUUUAACCAGCAAACAAAAGUAAAAGGGAACACCUGCUCUAUAACUAUCCACUAUGUUUUUCUUUAUUAGUCGUUAUUAAAAUUAUAAUCACAAACUUUUACGUAUGUAUAAAUUGUUAAAAUUAGAAACAAAAUAAUAGGAAUUAAUAGUUAUUCCUAAUAAUAGCCACUAUUGAGACACUGCAGAAGAUCCUGCCUACAUUUAUUUAACUUUUAGUUGAUAAUUAAGCUAUACAUUAAAGGACGUAAUAAAUGCAUAAAUUAUGUCAAAAAUAAAUAGAUAGAUGCAUAAAUAUUUACUUGUAAUCAAUAUAAUUCAGUUGUUU